UCAGAAAAUGCUUUAGGAAAGGACGAUGAGUUUGCAAAACACGCAAAAGACUUUAAUGACCAGAUGAAAGGUGAAACAAUGCAUUUAAAUAGAGUCGAUGGAACUCUUCCUCCACCAGUAGUUCUUCCGUAUGGUCCCUAUGGAAUGUAUGGAAACCCUUACGAAAGACCAUUUGACCCAUUGACUGGUGGAAGUAACUGGUAUCAUUACGGACGAAGAAGAAAGACAGUCAAGUUGGAGACAGACGUGAAGAAAGCAACUAAAAAGAAACCAAGGAAGAGAGUUAUAAAGCAAUGA